AUGCCGUUGUCUCCCCAGGCCAAGAACGCCCUGGCCCACGCCUUGCAGUCUGCUCGCCACGACUGUGACUUGCUGCGGGAGCAAUAUGAGGAGGAGCAGGAAGCCAAGGGGGAGCUGCAGCGCGCCCUGUCCAAGGCCAACAGCGAAGUGGCCCAGUGGAGAACCAAAUACGAGACGGACGCCAUUCAGCGCACGGAGGAGCUGGAGGAGGCCAAGAAAAAAGUCUCUCAGUGUCUCCAGGAAGCAGGACAGCAGGCAGAGAUCGUGAAUUCAAAGUGUGCCUCCUUGGAGAAGGUGAAGUUGAAGUUGCAGGGGGAGGUGGAGGAUCUGACAGUGGAUAUAGAGAGAGCAAACGCAUUGGCAGCUGCCCUUGACAAGAAACGGCAGAACUUUGAUAAGGUUGUGGCAGAGUGGAAGAAAAAGUAUGAGGAGAGCCAGCUGGAGAGAGAAGCUCUCUCUAAGGAAUCACGCUUGCUGAACACAGAGGUUUUUAAAGUGAAAAAUGCCUACGAGAAAACCUUAGAUCAGUUUCAAACAAUCAAACGGGAGAACAAAGGUCUCAAGCAGGAAAUAGCUGAUCUGACUGAACAAAUUACUGAAAAUGGCAAAAUGAUCAGAGAAUUGGAGAAAGCCAAAAAGCAAGCUGAAGCAGAAAAAUCUCAACUGCGGUUAGCUCUGGAAGAGGCAGAGGCAACUCUUGAGCAUGAAGAGGUCAAAAUCCUUGGUGUCAACCAAGAACUGACUCAGGUUAAGUCAGAAAUUAGCAGAAGGAUUGCUGAGAAAGAUGAAGAGAUCAGCCAGCUAAAAAAGAACCAUGAGAGGACUGUGGAGACAAUGCAGGGUGUUUUGGAUGCUGAGAUCAGGAGCAGGAACGAAGCCCUGCGGCUGAAGAAGAAGAUGGAGGGAGACCUGAAUGAAAUGGAGAUCCAGCUGAGCCAUGCCAACCGCCAGGCUGCUGAGGCCCAGAAACACCUGCACAGCAUCCAGGGAGUUCUCAAGGACACGCAGCUGCACUUGGAUGAUGCUCUCAGGACUCAGGAGGACCUGAAGGAGCAGGUGGCCAUGGUGGAGCGCAGAGCAAACCUGCUGCAGGCUGAAGUGGAGGAGCUUCGGGCAGCCCUGGAGCAGACGGAGCGCUCGAGGAAAGUGGCCGAGCAGGAGCUGCUGGAUGCCUCUGAACGUGUGCAGCUGCUCCAUACCCAGAAUGCCAGCCUUUGUCAUACAAAGAAGAAGCUUGAAACCGAUAGGGCACAAAUCCAAACUGAGAUGGAAGAUAUUACUAAUGAAGCAAAAAAUGCUGAAGAAAGAGCAAAGAAGGCAAUCACAGAUGCAGCCAUGAUGGCAGAAGAGCUGAAGAAGGAGCAGGACACCAGCGCCCACCUGGAGAGGAUAAAGAAGAAUCUGGACCAGACAGUGAAGAACCUGCAGCAUCGUUUGGAUGAAGCUGAGCAGUUGGCUCUGAAGGGAGGCAAGAAACAGCUCUUGAAGCUGGAGGCCAGGAUAAGAGAGUUAGAAACUGAGCUGGAAGAAGAACAUAAACAAUCUGCGGAGGCUAUGAAAAACAUCCGCAAAUAUGAGCGGCAUAUCAAAGAGCUUACUUUCCAGAAUGAAGAAUACAGGAAGAAUAUGGUGAGGUUACAAGAUCUGGUAGAUACAUUGCAGAUGAAAAUAAAAUCCUACAAAAGACAAGCUGAGGAAGCUGAUGAGCAAGCCAAUACUAAUCUCUCCAAAUUCAGAAAAGUGCAGCGUAAGCUAGAAGAGGCGGAGGAAAGGGCAGAUAUUGCUGAGAGUCAAGUGAACAAGCUCAGAGCUAAAUCCCGAGAAAUCCCUUCUCCAAAGGUAAGCCUUUAUUGCAGGAGGCAGCUCUGCAGCUUGUACUGCCCACUCAG